UUAAGCGGGCACUAGUGAGGGUCCCAAAGCUGUCCGCUUAAUACAGGUUUCACUGUAGUUACCUUUUACAUGGGAUCCGUUAGCCGAGAGGCUGAUGUUAUGACCUUACAAGUCCGUGUCGCGAUCUGAUUAGCUUAGCCUCGUUGACUUUUCGCUCACAACAUGGCAACUCGAUCAGUCUCGUCGUCUAAUUGUUAAAAGUUCAAAUAUGAAUUAAGAGCAGCUACUCAAUCUUUUACACUUUUUCUAGGUUUAAGGACAAUAACAUCAUCGACAAGGACUUGUUCAACUAUAGCAAUACUCUUGAAAUUCCUGACGUGACUGGUCUGACUGGAAGUUUCCGUUGUCGCGUAACAAAUCAGUUUGGUUCAGAAUUUUCAGCUUCAGCUGAGUUGAUAGUAUUGGAAAAAUCUGCGGACUCUUGCUCUCCAACACCUAUUUCCAAGAACGAGACAUUGCCUACCGGUUGCACUAUUGAUGGCAAAAACACCACGAGCGUAGACGUUGGAGAGUGUAAACCUGCUGCAUGCGUGUCGGAAAAUACAACUUUCAAUUCUUCAUCAUGCACGGAACCUUCCCUAUGCUGUGGGCCUCGCUCGUAUGACAGUGUUCUAGUUCAGUGUAGGGCCCUUGUAUCGUUCAAUCUCUCCAUAAUUAAAACUUGUGGGUGUGGAAAAUGCAUAGAAAAACAAACGAUGAUACGAGGUAAAGUUAUAGGUCAAGAUGACAGCGCAGCCAUUUUAGUGGAACUAAUAUUUGCUGGAGAACUGGUUGAUAGAACCGAUGCAAAUGGCGACUUUUCUUUCGCUGUUCCAAAAAAAACGAAAAGGGUGAUUGUGACUUUUAGAGAUCGGAUUAUCAAAAAAUUUCAAGAAGAAGACAAAAUUUUUAACUUAAAUGAAGGACAGACAGUCACGUAUCGAGUGAAACUAAGAGAAAAACCAAAGCCUAUCACUUUUAAUGCCUCAGAACCAUUAGAAUUGCCGUUAGGUGGCGAGUCAGAUAGUUUUGCUGACCUUGAAAUACCGGAAAAUUCCCUCUUGACUCAAGAUGGUUCUGUUUUCAGUGGAAAUGCAAAAGUCACAGUCAGUGUCACCGAUCCUCGUAACCAAUCUGACAUUCUGACAGCUCCGGGAGAUUUUACUACCAUGAAUGAAGAUGGCGAGGUAGAGAUGUUAGAAACGUACGGCAUGAUAAAGCUGAAUUUAGAAGAUGACAAUGGAAAACCCCUGGCUAUGUCUAAACCCAUGAAAGUGUAUUUAGAUCCGGAAAAGCUAAAUAUAACUGUGUCCGAUGGAAAUGCCUCAGUAAAACUUUACUGGCUCGACAGGAAAACGGGUCGUUGGAGGGAGACUGGUGAUUUUAUUCCUGAAGAUGGGAGCAACAGAAGAAGAAAGCGUUCAAAUCGUAUCUUUCUUGCUGGAAGUGUGACACCAUCCAUAGCACAAGAAUAUAUUAACCUUGAUUGGCCGUCGAGGAUCGUAGGUUUAAGAGUAACUACUGAUACAGAAGAAAGUGGCGUCAUGAUAACAGCUAUUCGCAAAGAUCACAAAGGGUACGUAGAGCGCAUUACAAAUAAUGGUGUUGUCUGCAUGCCGAUAUGGAAAGACAAGGAGUACUACCUUCAAGCUGAAAAGAACUUCGAGUAUUACGAUCCCGAUCCCGCUCUCCAGGAUUUUAGCACGACCUUUCAGCACGUUAAAGAGACAUGCUUUAUUAAAGUCACAAUAAGUGGGACUAAUGUCCUAUUUAUGGCGGCUAGCUACAAAAAGGAUGACCAAACAUACACUGGUAUAUAUGGUUUUCACCUUAGGAUGCCAAAGGCAGCUACGUCAGGAUCAGAUAAAGUUGUGUGCCUUCAGUUCAGGUGCCCAAGACAAAAUGACCACACGGCCCUACUUCUGACGCCAAUGACGUCAAAAGCAACUUGCAUCCUAACGCAAACGGAUGCAGACUUGGAUAAACCCCAGUCAAAUAAAGGCUAAUGUCCUGGUUCCUUCCCCCCCACUAAAGGACAAGAGAAAUGGCUAUGCAUCCCUUAUUCGGACAGCGAAUUGUAUAGCACUUACACAGGGAUUGAGAACGGUGAAGCUCGAUGUCUAAGAGGUCAACAACGCUAUGAUGGCACAGACACUACACUAAUACGCGACGCAGGGUUUUCCGUUAAAUAUGAUUGCAGGUAUGUACGUUUACGUCAAUUUACAAUUAACCUCUACACUGGGUAUUUGCACACACACAGACAAUUUAUGAAAACCGUAUAGUCACAGAAAACCUAUUCUGGAUUUGAAAUGAAACAGUUAAAUUACUUAUCCGUCUCAAUGUCCGUUUACCGUAAUUUUCAAACCAGAGAGAGAGAGAGAGAAAGGCAGACAGAAAGACAGACAAACGGGCACAGACUGAUGGAUAGAGAGAAGCACAGACUGACAUAACGGAGAAAUGGAUAGAUACGCCUAUUCGUCUAUUAGUUUCUUGUUUCGACAGGGCAGUAGGCGCCAAAUCAUAAACGGUAUUAACCUUGUUUACGUUUUUAUGUUUUGAGUAAGACGUCACAAAAUAUAACAUUUCACAACCCCUAAUAUGACGUAAAUUCAUAGUUUCAUGUCAACCGCCACCAUGAAUGCGAAGCUUUGUGCUUCGUUCUUUCUGACAUCACUUGCUGACACUACUUCGUAGCUUUAAAACUGAAACAAACUGUUCGAAAAAGAACUUAAAAUGCCUCAAAGAUAAGGUAAGCGGUCCGUAACGAAUAACAUCGAUUUGCAUUCCAUCGAGUGAGACUCACAAACAAAGGUGUGCUGAGACUGCGCAGUACGAACUGGAAAUCAUCCUCGAACAGUCCUGCCAUCGUUAUGGGUGCACCUUUAUAAAUAUGAUAAUUAUCCAAUCAACAAGAUUGCAAAAGCUGCCAGAGGAACAUAAUAACGUUUCUGUCGCAUAACAAUGUAGCAUUCACUUCAAUCUAUGGAAUUUUUAAAAGCGCUUUCACAAUAUGGAUCUUCAAUCUUUGUUGAAAGGUCUUGAAACGCGAGUAAAGGGAUGGAGAAAUGGACUCAGUUCUUUACAACAGGAUUAAAUUUUUCGGUAUUCAUUAUUCACCGAAUUACAUUACUUACGCACUGGCAUCGGAAAGUGUCGGCUGUGCUUUUCGCAACAGUGAUAGCAAACACUACAUACGUGACGUAACGAGAUAGCCAUUUGUUCCGAGAAGUCCGCGGCUCUAAAGUCGUUUUAAAAAAGGCCAUGAAUAAAAGCGUGGCUUGAGGUGACCUUGCCUUGAUACAGACCUCUCUGCUUUUCUCAAAGUUGGCGUGACGUGGUGUGCGAUAACAGAUGCAUGACAGCUACCCGUGAUCGCUUUUAAAUGUUCAGUUUUUCUGUCAUACAAUCUACGUUUUGUUUUUCCAAUACAGAAAUCCUGAAAGUCCCAAUAACUAGCCUGAUAAGCAACUUUUGACAUUUGGGAACACGUCUCAUCAACUCGUCACAACUUAAAAUGGGAACACUUUGACAUAUUAGCCAAAGGUCGGUCAGAUACACAUUACAAGAUAAAGGAGACUCUGCUAGUUAGGGAAUUGAAACCUGCCCUAAAUGAUAAUGUUAGUAGCAAAAAGCUUUAUCUAUUAGUUUAUUAGUUUGUUUUAAUAUGCAAAUUUUUUUCAGCUUCCGUCAAUGUUAUUGUUGAUAAGGUACUUAUCCUAAAUUUAAAAUUUACUUAUUACUUCUAUUCUUAGCCGUCACUUCUGAAGAUGUACGUCGAAACAUACGAAACGUCAAGUUAAAUGAUAUAGUUUUAUUUUUGUUUUCCAACAAUGCGUUUCAUUGUCAUGUUUAUCACCACAGUUUGUAUGUUAUUUCUCGUGAAUGCCAACUAGUUAGCAUAAGAACUAACUUGAUUUACACAACACUGAAGCAGUAAGGUCUUUAUCAAAACAAGGUCACCUACAGCCUCGCUCGCAAUCAAAGGCCAGGUCACUAAGCUUACUUGCUUACUUAAGCCCAUCGCUCCAAGUGGAACAUAGGCCAUCGACAACCCCACGCUAGCAAACUCGAACUUGGGCUUUUGGUUCAGCUUCUUUCCAGUUGUAUCCUAUCAGCUUCAGUUCCGCAUCAGUGUCCCGUCCCCUCGAUCCCUUCCUUCGGGCAUUCCACCUCAGAGCCUGCCGGGUGAUGUUGUUUGAUGCUUUCUGCAGGGUGUGACCAAUCCAGCCCCAUUUUCUUCUCAAAAUCUGUUUACCUACCGGUUGUUGUUCCCCUCGCUGCCAAAGCUCCUCACGGCGAAUUUUCUCAGGCCUCCAAAUAUUAAAGAUGAAAGUCUGGAUCUUCUGGAGUGAAAUUCUUGUCCGCCUCCACGUCUCAGAUCCAGAGAGGAGAACUGAUUUCAUACUGGCAUUGAAGAUGGUAGCUUUGUUUGUGUCCUGAUUUCUACGCACACUCCUGUAAAAUGGUCUAUUUAGCAGAUUUACUCAAAGCAGUUGUAGUCACACAGGACCCACCGUCAGUUUCCACUUGAUUGAUAUCAGAUAGAUGAUGUUAUUUAUAAUAAUCCAUCAACUCUUUUCGCUCGCUCGUGAUUGGUUUAAACGCGUCACGUGACGAAAUUUUCCUCAGCUAAAACUGGGGAAUAUACGAGUGAUAUUCCCCAAAGUUUCAUAUAUACGUGUGUUGCGAAAAAUAUUUGGAUAAUAAACGCCAAUACCGAGAUUACGAAAUUCGACUAGGAUAGAGGACUCGCGUGAAAACCAGGUAAGGUUAAUGUCGCCUCCUCUCUAAAUAUUGUAAAACCUUUGGUGAUGGGGAUAAAUGAACAAUAGCCUUUAUUUGUCGCGAAAAUAUGCUCGGAUAUUUGUCACUGGACAUUAUCUGUUCCGAGAAGACAACAGUUUUCCGAGAGCGUAGCUCGAGGAAAACUGUAAGCUUCGCGGAACAGACAAUGUCCGCGGAGAAAUAUCCGAGCUUAUUUUCGCGUCAAAUGGAGGCUAUUGUUCAUUUAUCCCCAUCACCAAAGGUUUUACAAUAUUUAGAGAGGGGGCGACAUUAACCUUAGCUGGUUUUCACGCGAGUCCUCUAUCCUAGUCGAAUUUCGAAUUCUCGGUAUUGGACUGGAACUAGCUUGCAACUGAGGCUAAUGCAGAGGAGUCUUUUCAAAUGCAAAUGACAUUUAUAUAUUUUUCAUGACAUACCCUUGCAUGAGCCUCAAUUGCAAACUAGUUCCAGUCCAAUACCGAGAAUACGAAAAUGGCCUAUUUGAGGUGUUGGUUUUAGCGGAGGGAGAAAAACCCUCGGAGCAAUGUAAGAAUCAACAACAACUCAACCCACAAAAGGCACAACAACUGAUCGGAGGCGAGCGCUCUCACCACUGCGUCAUCCCUGCUCCCCUGUAACUAAUAGAGUAAUGCAAGAACCAACAGCAAACUCAACCCACAUAUGACACAACAUUGAUGAUCUCACCACUGUGUCAUCCCAGCUCCUCUAAUACUAAUAGAUGGUCCUCUAAACUAACAGAUACGUCCUACUCGAGUGCACUUGUUGUCGCCACUCGAUGCUUUAAGCUUUAUUGGCGGAUUUUUCUCACUACUUUAAUUUUUAUGAUAGUUCACCAUAGAAAGCUCAAGGAGAUCGAUCGAAAGUGACUCUCCAUAUAUC